UCUGCGUUAUCACUGGUGCUAUGAUUUGAUUCUAUUUAGUUUCUGAUAACGUUGUUCGUAAUAUAAAAAUGGUAAGAAACCUGGACAAGAAGUAUUCAAUAGUUGUUAAGUCUAUGAUACACCUUGCCAGUGUUAAAGUUAAUACUAUUUCUUACUAUAGAUAUAAUUAUCAUUUAGUAUACAAUUAAAAAGUGCAAUCGUUUUGACGUAGUGGUAAUAAAAAAUAUAAUAGGAAUAUCUGGUUAUAAACAAUGGCGAACGAUCGAGAAGUUUUGAGAGAAAUUUGGGAUGGCAAAAUUCCCGUUUGUUUUACACUUGAUCCUGAAGAAACAUCAGAGUUGCAAGGUCCUGAUCCGUUUUAUCUUAUGGUGCCUAGGUUAAGUUAUUUUCCUGUGUGCACAGAAAAGGUUAGAAAACAUUUUAUAAAACAUAUAGAAACCGAUAACAAACAGGAUCAUGAAAUGUGGUUUGAAUUUAAUGGAAUUCCUUUAAAGUGGCACUAUCCUAUUGGUGUAUUAUUAGAUAUAUAUUCUAAUGAUAUUCAAUUACCAUGGAAUAUCGUUGUUCAUUUUGAUAAAUUUCCAGAAACUGUCUUGAUGCAUUGUCAGAAUAAAGAAGUUGUUGAAUCACAUUUUCUUGCUUGCGUCAAAGAAGCUGAUGUCUUAAAACAUAGAGGAUUAAUCGUAUCGUCUAUGCAGAAAAAAGAACAUAGCAGUUUGUGGAACGGAUUAAUUACAGACAAAUUUGAUCAGUUUUGGUCUAUAAAUAGAAGAUUAAUGGAAGCAGCUAACAGCGAAGAAGGAUUUAAAUACAUUCCUUUUCGGUGCUAUACAAGCGAGGAUAAAUAUAUUCAAAAACUUGUUAAGCCAGUGAAUGAAGAAGGCCAAAGGAAAACGUUAAAACAUUUAUUGAAUGAAGUAUUUCCAGAUCAAGAAUUUGUUGAAGUACGCACUCAUGGGACUAUUCCACCGCCAGAAACACCAUUGCAAUGGAUGUCGGAACAUUUAAGCUAUCCUGAUAACUUUCUUCACUUAGUUGUAACUUCCUCGUAACCUACAUUGAAGGGAUGCAGUUAACCAUAACUUCAGUGUUAUUAUUUAAAUGUUGCUGGUGAUCACUUAGAAGAGAGACACUUGUACCAUGUAUCUUCUUCUUCUUCUUCUUGUGUAUACAAAAAAUUAAUUUGAUUUCUUAUUUAUUUUCAAAUAAGAGUCAAGUGGUGAUAGA